GUGAUUACGAUUAUGGCUUCAAGAAAUUGGCUGCGCUGGACAGUUGCACUGAAGCGCGCCCCUUGCAAUCCCCAAAAUGUCACAGACAAAAUGGCAGUACAGUCAUGGGGCGCCUGUGGUUCCCGCAUGUCCGGGCGCUUGGGUCUAGUGUCCCACAUUCAGAUCGCGAGACUCUCAUGGCUGUGAUAUCUCAGUGUUAAAACUCUGAGCAAAGUUGUAGGUCCCAUCAACAUUCGAUGUUACUUAUUUUCUAGAUCUGUGAAGCCGGUGGCACCAACUCCAGCCAUUCAUUCAAUCAUUUAUUCAUUCAUUCACUCAUUCGCCAUGUCCGGCACAGUCACACUCAUUGUUUUUCUCUUCUUCCAAUCCGCCCUCUCAUUUACCCACCCCGGCCUCCUCGCCACAACCGCCGACCUAAACCGCGCCCAAUCCAAAAUCGCCCUCAACCUCGAUCCCUGGCUCAGCUCCUGGUAUUCUCUCACGAACCUCUCUUACGCCUCGGCCGACUAUACCCCCAACGCCGUCAGUAUCAUCUACCGCGGCGACGAUGGCGAAGGACACGCCGCCAACAACGAACUCCUCUGGCACGAUGCCGCGGCGGCGUUUGCCCUCACCCUGCGCUGGAAGAUAUCGGGAGAUGACACUUAUGCCGAAACCGCAUCGAGAAUUCUCACCGCAUGGGGCGAGAAGCUCACCGCGAUAGGCGGGAACGACGACGCCUACCUGGCCUCUGGCUUCCAAGGUCACGAGUUAGCCAAUGCGGCGGAACUGCUCAGGGAUUACGCGCCCUUUUCUGCUCCUGGAGGAGGACUGGAGGUAUUCACCAAGAUGAUGACUUCUGUUUUCCUGCCCAUGAACCUAGAUUUCCUGAAUCACGUUUUGGGGUCAGAGCACAACGUAAAGCACUUCUUUGCGAAUUGGGAGCUGGGGAAUUUGGCGAGCGCCAUGGCGAUUGCAGUGCUGACGGAUAAUACGACGGUGUGGGAUUUUGCCGUCGAUUAUUUUAAGAAUGGGGAGGGGAAUGGGUGUAUCAAUAAUGCGGUGAGUAAUCUUGUGGAGGAGCCGGAGACGGGCACUGUGUUGGGACAGGGGCAAGAGGCUGGGAGGGACCAGGGGCAUGCGGCUCUAGAUUUUCAGAUGUUGGGGGUCAUUGGGCAGCAAGCGUGGAAUCAGGGAGUGGAUUUGUUUGGGUUUAAUGAUAGUCGGAUUUUGAAGGGAGCCGAGUACUUCGCCCGCUACAACCUCAACAACGACGUCCCCUUCGAGCCCUACACCAACGGCAUCGUCAGCUUUACUGACGUCAGCGACGCCUCGCGCGGCGCCCUUCGGCCUACCUGGGAGUUGCUAUACAGCCACUAUAUCCAGCUCAAGGGCCUGUCUGCGCCCUGGACGACGGCGUACCUCAACUACAGCUUGAGUACCUUCGGCGGCUAUGAACCGGGCGCUGGUGCCUGGGGCGAAGGCUCGGGCCACUACGAUGGGCUGGGUUGGGGAUCUUUGUUGUAUCAUUUGGACGAUUCAGAUGUGCCGGAGACUUAUAACUCGACAGCAGGACUGACGGCGACCGUGAUCUCGGCUGCUGCGAGCUCGACUGUUACGGGUGGUGCUUCCGAGAACGUGUCGGUUUCGGCCUCCACUACAGCAGGACUGACGGCGACCGUGGUCUCGGCUGCUGCGAGCUCGACUGUUACGGGUGAUGCUUCCGAGAACGUGUCGGUUCCGGCCUCCACUACAGCAGGACUGACGGCGACCGUGGUCUCGGCUGCUGCGAGCUCGACUGUUAUGGGUGGUGCUUCCGAGAACGUGUCGGUUCCGACCUCCACUACAGCAACUCUUAGCAGUGGUUCGUCGAGCGCGUCCGCGACGAAUUCUGUAAAGCCGUCAGUGGAAGCCGCAUCUACCCUUCCCGCGACGAUGAGUUUGACAACAGCAACGGCGGCCAAGGCAAAGCAUACUCACCACGGAUGCCACCAGCGCCGUCGCCGCCACCAUCAUUAACUAGUAUACUCCUUUCAAGUGAGGAGUCAGCGCGGCGCCAAUGACCGUGACUUGCAUAUCGUGAGAUCUUCUCAAGUCACGCCAUUCAUCUUCUAUUACGUCUCUAGGGCGAGCAUAAGCAUAGACCUUUAUUGUACUUUACAUGCCAAUUCGGAUAUUACCAUGCCAUUAA